GCUCCUGCAAAUUGCCCUCCCAAGAAACACAUCACAGUGCUCUCCCCCACUUCAUCUCAUCCUGAUCUCCGGUCAUUUAUCUACUCUAGUGCUACCUGGCAGCCUAGGUAGCAAGAUCUCUAGAUUCCUCUAGCUAGAUCUCAUGUCUACCAUCUACAUGAGCCAGCUCUCUACUGCUUUCCCUCUGAUGGAGGAAGAUCAUCACCAGGAUCACCAUCAGGGACACUUCCAGGCCUUCACCAUGCCCAAGGAUCCUCCGAUCUUGUUCCCUUUUGUGAUCAACAACAACAACAGCCCUAGUGACAACAGUAGCUUCAGCUAUGGAGGAUCAGACCACCACUUCAGGCAGAACACAGCUACGCUAGAGCCCCAACAUAUGAUUGGUGGAUCAUCAAGUGUGUUUUCAACGCCAUUCCCGACCGUCGAGAGCAUCCGCGACGAUAUGAUCGAGCGAUCCUCCUCGUAUGAUCCAUAUGAUAUGGAGAAGCUGCAGGCCGCUGCCAAUGGAUCACUCAAGGCCGGCAAGUGGACCGCUCCUGCCCCUGCAGCCAAGAUGAGGAUCACGAGGAAGACGAGCGAUCCGGCCGGCGUUAAGAAGCCGAGGAGGAGGGCGCAGACGUACGAGGAUCACGGCCACUUCGGCGGCAUGAACCAGGCUCUGGGUAUUAUUAGGACAUGCUCCGAUUGCAACACCACCAAGACCCCCUUGUGGAGGAGUGGUCCAUGUGGCCCCAAGUCACUUUGCAACGCUUGCGGCAUCAGGCAGCGGAAGGCGCGCCGGGCGAUGAUGGCCUCCACGAUGGCGCCUGGAACGGACGUCGGCGCAAAGGCGGCCUCCGCGCCGGGUGAUGCCACCGUGAUCGCGCACCCUAAGGUGAAGAAGGAGAAGAGAGCGCUGGACGUCGACCGGUCCCUGCCGUUCAAGAAACGGUGCAAGGUGAUUCAGGAUCACGCUGCCACGAACACUGUUGUCACCGGAGCCACCACUGCCGUCGAGGUUUCUGCUGAGCCGGCUAUUACCAACACCGCCGCCGCUGCUGCUACGCCGGCGAGGGAUCUUUUCGACACCAUCGGGGCCAACUGGAGCAUGAGCCCCGCCCCCACUGCCUCAGCUGCGUGCUUCCGGCCUUCGGCUCCGGCACCCUUCGCGGUGCCGGUGCAGGACGAGAUCACAGACGCCGCCAUGCUGCUCAUGACGCUGUCCUGCGAGCUUGUCCGGAGCUGAUCGAUCGAGCAUUCGAGAGGCACACUAUCUACUGAGCGGUACCCCCACCAGGCUUUUUUGCCUCUAGUCAGUUAGUCAGUCGGUACGUACUGUCCGUGCUGCCGCGUUUUUGGCUUCUUGUUCAUGUUGCUAGUGUAACCUGCGCUACUCUUAAAGUCUUGUGAUUCGUUUGUGUGUAAGAUUAAGACAGAGAGGAAGAGAGAUCUAGAGAGAGGAAGAGAGGUAGAAACAAGGAGAGAAGGGAGAGCAUAAUAAAGAUAAGAACUUGAUCAGCUAGCUAGCUAGGAUCUGCAAACACUACUGUGAGACCGAGUGUGAGUUCAGUUGGAGUAGCUUUUUGUUGCUAAGGCUAAUUAAGCCUGUGGCUACUAUAUAGCAUGCAUGUAUGUUUGUUCUUUGUUUUGUUCGGACCAUUUGUACUGUGGCUCAUAAUAAUACCGACCAGGAAAUGUUGCUGUUCA